UAACAACCAAGCAUGAAGAUCAAUAGGACUGCUGUGUUUUUAUGUGCAGUUGCACAAUUUUUCAUUUUAUCAGCUGUUAAGAGCAGCGAAAGUGGAAGCACAGUUUUGCAGUACUGUUCAUUUUUUAAUAAUAGAGCGCCGAAACCGCAACCCGAUUUGAAAAAUUGUACAUGGUACAAGGAAAACAGUUGCUGCCUUCAGAGAGAAAUUGAUGCCACAUUCGGCAAGGUUAAACCGCUUCAGGGAGCAUCUAAAGACUGCUCUGAUUAUAUUAACUAUUUAAUGUGCUAUAUAUGUGCCCCAAAUCAGAACUUAUAUUAUAGGAUAGAGAGAUUAUAUGUAUGUGAAGGAUUUUGUGACUCUCUGUACAGUGCUUGCAAUUCUGCAAUUUUGAAAGGAUCAGUGAUUAGAGACUUGUACUCAAAUGGAAAAGAAUUUUGUGAAAGUAGACGAUUCAUUGUUAGAAAUGCAUCUGCAGAGAGUUGCUUUGAUUUACAUGAGUCACUUGUGAAAAGUGGAAGUAUAUGCCAUAGUAAUCCUAGCAUAAUUGUUGUCAUCAUAACUACAUUUUGUGGCUUCCUUCUUACUCAGUUCAUUAGUGUUGCCAAUUCCAGUGAAUCCCAUUUUCAAUUUUUCAAUCGUAGAAAGGCUAGUUGUGACAGACAAAGCAGUCUUGAAAUUUCAAAUAGCAGGGAGAAAGAAGAAACCUUUCUGUGUUUCAAAACUCGCACAAAGAGUCUGUAUUGUACACUGUCAUUAUUGUUGUUGUUUAUAUGUGGGAUAAGUGCAAAUGGUGCUGAUGAGGCGAAUUUUGCAUCUAGAGCAGAACACUGGGCAGAGCUAUUGUCUCAAGAGCUUCAUAGUUUGGCUGACAAGGGACUGAAGGCAAAUGAUGCACAGAAACUUUAUGAUAAUGCUGAGUACCAUACUAAGACCAUAAAUGGGACAUCCAUACUUCUGAAGUUGAAGAAUAAGCUUGAGUCUUUCUUUCAAAAGAAGAAGGAGCUAGCUGUUAAAAUUGCUGAGAGAAUAACGUUUCUGUAUGAUGACUGGGUGAAUGAUAAGAAUAACACCAUACCAAAGAGCCUCAAAGAUUUGAGUUUUGAGGUGUUCAAAGAUGCCGACAGUGACAAAGUUUUUCCAAGAGAGUUUGUUAAAUACAGCAGAGUAUUCAAGGCAGAGGUGAUGAUGAACAGCAGUGUGGUAAAAAUACCUGAAAAAGUAAACAGAAAUAACCCAGAAGUAAUUGGCACAGUUGCAUGGUCUGCAGCCCUAGAUAAGCUGUUUAUUCAGAAUGCCCAAGAAGACGAGGAUAUCAGGUGGCAGUAUUUUGGGUCUAAGCUUGGAGUUCACAGAUCAUUCCCUGGAAAAGAGAGCAAACGUAACUUUAUAGGUUUCCAACAGGACUAUGAUCCUAGAACAAGACCGUGGUAUAUUGCUGCUACAUCAGGGCCGAAACAUAUGGUCAUCAUUAUGGAUGUCAGUUCGUCAAUGGAAGAAAAUCAUAGGUUUUCUCGGAUGAAGGCUACAACUAAAGCACUAAUCAAUUCAAUGACAAUGCAGGACAGGCUCAGCAUUAUAGCUUCAAAAUCAUUUUACUACACGAAAGAUGGAAAGAAAAUGGAACAUAGUCCAAAGGUUCUUGGUUGUGUGAAAGAUACUCUUGUGCCUGUCUCAAAUUCCCACAAGCGUGAACUGUUUGCUGUAAUUGCUGGAUUAAAAGCAGAGGGUGGAUCAGAUCACAGAGUAGCCUUUCAGAUGGCAUUUAGUCUAUUGAACAACUCUAAGAGUGGCUGCCAGUCUUUUAUAGUUUUCAUUACUGAUGGUGAUGACAAAGACAGGGAUCAGAGGUGCAAGCCAGGUUAUUACAGAUAUGAUUCAGAAAAUAAGCGUUACUUUGUCCCUGGAGAUUUCUGUAUUUACCACUACAGAAAGCUUGUUGUUCAAGUUAGAGGGCUAAAAGAGGAAUAUACACAACAAAAACCCAUAUUGUUCACCAUCUUGGUAAGUUCUGUGAAAGACGCAGACCUACAGAGACUAGCUUGUGAGAACGAUGGCUCCCUGAUGAGAGUGAACAGUGAUUACAACCUCCCAGAGCAGCUCAGUGAUUAUUUCAGCCAUAUUGAGGCCAGUUCAGCCUCCCAUCAAGCUGUGUGGUCAUCCCCUUAUUUAGACCACGAUGGCCUAGGACUGAUGGUCACCGUAGCAGUGCCUGUCUAUAGCUACUUUACUGAUCAAUUUCUAGGUGUUGUUGGUAUAGAUUUUACACUUGUAACUCUGGAAGAACUUGUGUUACUGGAGACCUGGGGAACUGCUUAUGCUUUCAUUGUGGAUGUAGAUGCACAUGCUGUGGUCCAUCCAUCUAUGAAGUCUUCAACAGAUUUGAAAGACGAUCCAAUAUUUCUGAAGAUCUGGGAGCUUGAAGUUAACCAUCUGACUGAGGAAUUUUUUGCUGCUGCACUUAUGAUGGUGGGAAAUGAGACAGGAGACUAUAGGAUUACUAACAAUGCCCAAAGAGCAUAUCACGUCCAUGGUGAAUUGAUUUGGAAGCCCACUGAGUAUAUACAUUAUUUCUUCACUCCUUUAGAAGGAGCAGACUUUUUCUUAGUGCUGAAUCUAGCCAAAGUUGAUGAAACCUUCAGAUACCCAGAAGAGCCUACCAACUUUGUCUACAGCCGUGUCAUACCAGACAAACAUGUCAUUUCUGCUAAGAAUCCUGUUAUUUCAUUGCUUGACCCCCCUGACCCCACCUCAGGUCUCAAAAAUUACUCAUAUAUUCACAUGACAAAGUGGUCCAUGUGCAACUUAUUUGAUGAUGACAUGGAGAUGCAUAUCAAUGCUUCCCAGUUAGAACAAAAUUUAAAUGCUGUGGAUGGUGUUCAGGGCUGUCCUGAAGGAGGAAUAUUCAGGGUUGGCGUUCGUGCUGAUGUUAAGAUAACCUCACGAUUAGAAUCUCUUUGGAAAGCAAGAAACACAGAGCUUCAGAGACAGAUUUCAUCAACCUACAUAGCCACUGCUACUGGAACGAUGAGAAUUUUCCCCGGAGACCAGAUUCCCAGCAGCUAUGAUCCAACUAGGCGACUGUGGUAUAAUCUUGCACUGGUGCGUCCUGGCAGUGUGGUCAUGUCCAACAUCUACAGAGGAAUUAAAGAAGGUCACAAAAUAAUCACCCUCUCGAAAACUGUGCAUUCUGGCAAACCAACAAAACCAGCUGAGUGUAACACUGGUAAAAGAAGGCAGGAUGGUUGUCCUUGUACAAACAAUGCUGAUUGUGGCUCUGAGUACUGUUAUAACCAGUCCUGUGCCAAUUCUGACGUUGUGGGUGUGGCUGGCCUUGACCUUCUGUAUGUAGAGUUCUUCAAAAUGGUCCAGAACAUCACAAAGACUGGUUUAAAUUCCGAUUUCUGUGACAGAAUAUACAGUUGUGGGACUAACAAAACCUGUACAACACUGUGUUAUCUGGUCAAUGAUGAGGUUCAAUUAAUCUUGGAUUCCUCCUUUCUCACUGUCCCGGACUACUUUGAAACUCGCUAUGGUGAGAUAUCUCUGGCCGAGCGCCAUGGCUCAGUGGUACAAAAGCUUAUGCAGAAAAAAGUGGUCAUUCCCCUUACCCGCACUGAUUUUGAUGCUGUUUGUCAACGAUCCAAUGACAUACCAGAGAAAACUGACUUUGAAGAUCCCUCAAAGAGAGGACCACUUCCACCAUUUCAAAACGAAUAUGCCUGUAUUAAAGCAAGGCAAAAGUACCACAUUAAUGGCACUGCUUUGGCUGAGCAUGGUGGAAAAAUAGUGGCAAACCUUGACAACGACCCCUGUGCUGAUGGCACCUUUGUCUUUGUAAUCAUUCCUAACACCAAUACUUACCUUUUGACCAUCUUCAAUUACUGGGAGAGAAAAACAGUUUUCAAUUGGAACUGCCAUCUCCUGAAAAGUGUGUUUGUGCCCAAGUCAUUUGAGGUUACCGAAGGGUUCUGUGAACAGUCAGAUGUGGCAGUCCGCCACAACCCCAUACAGCUGUUAACUAAAGAAUGUCCAGUUAUUAAACCUGUCAAGCCUUUGUGUCCAGCCAUCAUCAGUACCGCCAGCACGUUAUUGAGUUCACUUUUUAUGUCUCUUUUGAUGAAUUUGAUCUGGAUCUCUUUAAGUAAUUAGGAUAUUUGGAUUGUUUAGAUACUCAAAAUUAUUUUGUUAGCUAUCACUGUGAUCUUAGCCUAGGUGAGAUGUGAACAUUAGUGUUGUUAGCCUUGAAGCUCACUACAUCUUACACAAAUUUGCCUAAUUUCUAUACCUUACUAACAUCGAGCAUGAUUUUUUUUUUUUUUUUUUGCAUAUACCAAAGGUCAUUUAUUUUUAUUGAUUGCAGAUUCAUUAAUAAAUAUUUUCUAAAAGUCAUGAAAAUUUAAUAUGACUGUUUGAUGUCAGAAACUUUAUGGGGCUAAAAUUUUUGGCUAUUUAUCAUGGAUUUUUAUGAUAGAGUGAUCCCAGUACUGGACUCUGUGGAAAGAAUUUAUAAAUUACAGUUUUCCUGAUGCUAUUUCACCAUCUGAGGAAGGGCUGUGAAGUGAUCUGAUGUACAAUUUUAAAACCUAUUGGUUUUCUGUAUAAGAGGAUCAGUUAUUUGUUUGUGCACAUAUAUAAUAUAAUUAUUAUACUAAAAAUGCUCAGGGGUAAGGUUGCAAGAGAUAUAGUUAAGGCAUUUAGAUUUGUAUUUGUUUGUGUAAUGGAUUUGUAGUUGUAAUUAUUGUUUGCUUGGUGUUAUACUCAGUAUAUUUUCAAACCUGUUUAUUAGUUUAUUACCUUUUUCCCCCCCAGAAGUAAAUUUGUUUUACCUUUCAAAUGCCGAGCAUUCCAUCUGCUUUCUUUUUCAUGUAAUUCCUUUACCUUCUCCAUCUGCUUUGUCCAGAUUGAUAGUGCCAUAGAGAAGUACGUGUAAAUCAGCAUUUAAAUUAAGUGACAUGCACUUUACAUUUUGUUAUAUUGUUGUUAUGGAAGUGUUUUUUUACCUCACAUUUAUGAAGUGGAAUUCAGAAGAGAGAUUGUUUACAAAGACCAUUCUUCUAUUUCAUUUUUUUUUUUUUUUUUCAGAAUAAAUUAUGAUGGCAAAUUUAAAGAAAAUUGUGCUGAAAUAUUUGAUCUUUGUCUUCUGGAUAACUGUGUGUAAUAAAACCAUUUUUACAAACCUUGGAAUUACUUUGUUUAUAUUUCUGUAAUCAAAGAAUACAUUUCAACAAAGUUGCAAAGAAAAGGUUACCGUCUUUUAAAACAAUUGUUUUUGUAACUUUAUGAACAUUUUAUUCUGCCCCAAGAAAAAAGCAAGUGCUCAAACCACAACAGGAAAUACCUUCCAUUAUUAUAAUAGUCUUAAGUGUAAAGAAAAAUAAUAAGAAAAGCACACUGUUACAUGAAAGACAAAAGUAGUGAAUCCAUCUAGCUAGACAGGUCAUUGAAAAACCACUCUUCUUCCUGAACAUGGAGUAGGUUUGUAACUGCCUCAUCCUUAAGCAGCUUGGUCAAAUCUAACUUUUCAGAAACAUGUUUUAUUAUAACCUUUAAAUAUGAAAUACAGAGAAGUUACCUUUAUACCAGAAACCUGUACAUUUCCACCAUUUAUGUGCAUACACACAGUUUGUAAUUAAGCUAUAAAAUGACAAAGAAAAUGAAAAUGCCUAACAAACUACUCUAUGGAAGAAACAUUAUUGU